AUGCCACGGCCAAGUCGAUCGCCCUUCUUCUUUUUUGCUCGUGAAUUUCAACGUCGUUGCGAACGCGAUCGUGGCCAACGAAUUAAUAUCAAUGAAGCCAUAGCUGCAUGUUACGAUGAUUGGAGAGCACUACCAGUAGAAGCAAAACAACCCUAUAAAACUCAAUAUGAUGAAUGGCGAAUACAAUAUCGAGUAAAUCCCGAACAAGCAUGUCCACCUAAUCAACGCGGAAAUGAGAAUAAACAAGUUAAAAACGAUAGGAUUCUCCGACAACGUGAUAUUCCGUCGGCUGAUUUAAAACUGCAUUAUGAUCGUUUUAGUUUAGAACGAACUUUUCUCACGAAUGAAUAUUUACCACUCGACAAAAGUGAAUUAUUAUCUAUGCCAAUAUAUAUAAUCAAUUUUCAAAUCUUUUGUCAAGUUGACGACGAAGACGGAGGACAAUUUGUUCCAGCUGAAAUCUGUAUUUUAUGCUAUACAUUAAAUGAAGGUGUAACCAUGUAUAAACAAAAAUUUAUAAAACCAGAUAAAAUCCCAUCGGGUUAUAUGUCAUCGUGUUUGGAACAUACCAAGGAAACACAUCAAAUUCCAUUGAAAGAUUUCUAUGAAGCAACUGAUAACUACAAGCAAAUCUAUCAUGAAUUAAAAUCAUUUGUUCAAACAACAAUAAACAAUGCGUCGAAUAAUAAUGAUGAUCGAUCACGGCGACGUUAUCUUCGAUCAAGUCAACCGUGUGUCUUUUUUCCGUCGUUAGAAUAUGAACAAACAAGUAAAUUACUUGAUUGGUUACAAGAGAAAGCCGAAGGAAAAGCACCAACAAAAGACACACGUCUUUUUAAUCUAUCAAGUAUUGAAUCCUUAAUUAUGGUUUUAGCUGAAUUAAAGAAACAUCAUGUAUCACGUGAUGACAUAGAAAAAACGUUUGCAAAUGCAGCUUAUUCAUUUAUGAUUGAAGAACGUUGUCCAUAUCAUCUUCAAUUAGGUAUAAAUCAUUGUUCUGUAGCACGAUGUCACGCAGGCGCGAAACUUAUUUCUGCUUAUCUAAAUCAAUUAUUCGCGCCAGAAAGACCAGUAUCAGCAAAAAUAACAACAGAAAAUCGUUCUCAAAAUUCACCUAUGAGCAAAAGAAAUCAAUCAAAUAGGAUCCCAACCGUUACACAUAAUAAAUCUAUAGCAAAAGUUGAUUCUUCAAAUGAUUCGAUGGCUUCAUCGUAUCGUUCGUUUGAUCAGCGAAAACAAAACGAUGAAAUAACUAAAUUGCAACAACAAAAUUUUCAUCGUUUACUUUCCAAUGCUCAAUCGGCCUAUUCGCCGCAUAGUGAUUAUCUCUCUGAUUAUGCGAUUGAUAGUCAUAGUCAAAUAAAUGACCAUUCCAAUACGGAACGAACCCGUCUGAGUCAACGUAAACUAGUGUUGCUUAACGCUAUUCAAAGUAUUGAUAAACAAAUCGAACAGCUCAAUUUAAAUAGUGAUACAUAA